GGGAGGCAGCCGGCGCGGGGCGGCCUGACCUGGGAGAGUCGGAGGCGGGCGCCGACGCCCUCGCGCCUGUGCCCCAGCCCGGAGCUGGCGGAAGGAGCCAUGGCUCUGGACGGGAUAAGGAUGCCAGAUGGUUGCUACGCUGACGGGACUUGGGAACUGAGUGUCCAAGUGACCGACCUGAACCGCGAUGUCACCCUCAGGGUCACCGGGGAGGUGCACAUCGGAGGGGUGAUGCUGAAGUUGGUGGAGAAACUCGAUGUAAAAAAGGAUUGGUCAGAUCAUGCUCUCUGGUGGGAAAAGAAGAGAACUUGGCUGCUUAAGACACAUUGGACCUUGGAUAAAUAUGGUAUUCAGGCGGAUGCCAAGCUUCAGUUUACACCCCAGCACAAACUGCUCCGCCUGCAACUUCCCAACAUGAAGUAUGUGAAGGUGAAAGUGAAUUUCUCUGACAGAGUCUUCAAAGCCGUUUCAGACAUCUGUAAGACCUUCAAUAUCAGACAUCCCGAAGAGCUUUCUCUUUUGAAAAAACCCAGAGAUCCAACAAAGAAGAAAAAGAAAAAGUUAGAUGACCAGUCUGAAGAUGAGACACUUGAAUUAGAAGGGCCUCUUAUCACUCCUGGAUCAGGAAGCAUAUAUUCAAGCCCAGGACUUUACAGUAAAACAAUGACUCCUACUUAUGAUGCUCAUGAUGGAAGCCCACUGUCCCCAACUUCUGCUUGGUUUGGUGACAGUGCCCUGUCAGAAGGCAAUCCUGGUAUACUUGCUGUCAGUCAACCAGUAACAUCACCGGAAAUCUUGGCAAAGAUGUUCAAGCCACAAGCUCUUCUGGAUAAAGCAAAAACAAACCAAGGGUGGCUUGAUUCCUCCAGAUCUCUUAUGGAGCAAGAUGUGAAGGAAAAUGAGGCUUUGUUGCUCCGAUUCAAGUAUUACAGCUUUUUUGAUUUGAAUCCAAAGUAUGAUGCAAUCAGAAUCAACCAACUUUAUGAGCAGGCCAAAUGGGCUAUUCUCCUGGAGGAAAUUGAAUGCACAGAAGAAGAAAUGAUGAUGUUUGCAGCGUUACAGUAUCAUAUCAAUAAGCUGUCCAUCAUGACAUCAGAAAAUCACUUGAACAACAGUGACAAAGAAGUUGAUGAAGUUGACGCGGCCCUCUCAGACCUGGAGAUUACUUUGGAAGGUGGUAAAACAUCGACGAUUUUGGGUGAUAUUACUUCCAUUCCUGAACUUGCGGACUAUAUCAAAGUUUUCAAGCCAAAAAAGCUGACGUUAAAAGGUUACAAGCAAUACUGGUGCACUUUCAAAGAUACAUCUAUUUCUUGCUAUAAGAGCAGAGAAGAAUCCAGCGGCACGCCUGCUCAUCAGAUGAACCUGCGAGGAUGUGAAGUUACCCCAGAUGUAAACAUUUCAGGCCAAAAAUUUAACAUUAAACUCCUGAUUCCAGUUGCAGAGGGCAUGAAUGAAAUCUGGCUUCGUUGUGAUAAUGAAAAACAGUACGCACACUGGAUGGCAGCCUGCAGAUUAGCCUCUAAAGGCAAGACCAUGGCAGACAGUUCUUAUAACCUAGAAGUUCAAAACAUUCUUUCCUUUCUGAAGAUGCAGCAUUUGAACCCAGAUCCUCAGUUAGUACCAGAGCAGAUCACAGCUGACGUAACUCCUGAAUGUUUGGUGUCCCCUCGCUACUUAAAGAAGUUUAAGAACAAGCAGCCAGGCUAUAUAAGAGAUUUGAUAACGGCGAGGAUCCUGGAGGCCCAUCAGAACGUAGCUCAGAUGAGUCUCAUUGAAGCCAAGAUGCGAUUCAUUCAGGCCUGGCAGUCACUGCCUGAAUUCGGCAUCACCCACUUCAUUGCGAGGUUUCAAGGUGGCAAAAAGGAAGAACUUAUCGGAAUUGCGUACAACAGGUUGAUUAGGAUGGAUGCCAGCACGGGGGACGCCAUUAAGACAUGGCGGUUCAGCAACAUGAAGCAGUGGAAUGUAAACUGGGAGAUCAAGAUGGUCACCGUAGAGUUUGCAGAUGAAGUCCGAUUGUCCUUCAUUUGUACUGAAGUGGACUGCAAAGUGGUCCAUGAAUUCAUUGGUGGAUACAUAUUUCUGUCAACACGUGCAAAAGACCAGAAUGAAAGUUUAGAUGAAGAAAUGUUCUACAAACUCACCAGUGGUUGGGUGUGAAUAGAAACACUAUAAAUGGAACUCCACGGCCAUAACAAUAUUUAACUUUAAAGCUAUUGUCUGUUAUAUGCUGCUUAAUAAAGUAAGCUUGAAAUUUAUUAUUUUAUCAUGAAAAACUUCCUUGCCUUACCAGACCAGUCAGUGUGUGCACUAACAAGCACGGCCGUUCCUCUGCCUUCGUGAUGGAGUACGUGGACUGUGGAGUGUGGCCCAUUCAUAGAGCCGUGGAUUGAAAACCCAAAUAGUGGGCAAAUCAGGAGCCAACUGUCACUGGUUGAAGCUAGCCAAACUGUAAGAAACAAGCCAUCUAUUCUAAAUUACCCAGGGCUUAACCUAUAUGAAGUCUAUUUAUCAUGUCCAGUGCAUGUGUUUUAAUGUAUGUUUAAUUUGACGUCCUGUUUUAAAAUCUCCUACUCUGGUAGUCAUUUAAUCCUCUCCCCCCCCAGUAUAAAAUCAGGUCUGCAAUAAGUGCCUGAUAUUUAAUAAUGUCAUUGACCGUGAAGGAAAAUGCUGUUAGUCUGUUAUGCUUGGUUUGUUUGUGUCCUUGAGUGAGCAUGUGUGUAUACUGUCCUGUGUUCUUAUUUUACACCAUAUUGUAUUACAACACUUUUAGUAUUCACCAGCAUAUCCACUGUCUGCCUAAAAUAUGCAACUUUUGCAUUACAGUAUGAAGUAAAGGUCUAUGAAGUAUGCAUUUUGUGUAACUAAUGUACAAACACAAAUUUUAUAAAAUUGUACAGUUUUUUUAGAACUACUCACAAUCAGAAAGUGGCUUAAAUGUAGCAUCCUUGCAUUAAUUAAAUGCUUUUAAAAAUAUACUUAAUAUGCAAUUUCAAUAUAUGCUAAAUUAAUGACUUCAUGGUGGUCAUGACUUGCCACAAUGUCCUUAACUCUAUGCCUGGACUGGCGUUGUUCUGGUCUUUGCGCUGUUACAAAUCUGCAUUGGUGCUAGUCAGAAAAUUCCCAGUCAUGUAACCCAAAAGGGUGCCAGGGAAGGGCGGAUUUACCAGUAUUGUCCAAUAAUCCAUGACCUAAAGACUGUAUAAAUGCAUUUUAUUUUAAAUAAAAGCAAAACCUUUUAUUUAA